UCUGUCCAUGGCUCGUGGCACUGUUUGAUACUUGUCACGAUGAAGCUGAACGUGUCUUUUCCAGCGACAGGAUCUCAGAAAUUGUUCGAGAUUUCUGAUGAACACAAACUUAGAAUAUUUUUUGAAAAGCGCAUGGGCGCUGAAGUUGAAGCUGAUGCUUUAGGUGACGAGUGGAAAGGAUAUGUUGUCCGCAUUUCUGGUGGCAAUGACAAACAAGGAUUUCCUAUGAAGCAAGGUGUCCUGACCAAUGGUCGUGUACGUUUACUGCUCUCAAAGGGACAAUCUUGCUACAGGCCAAGGCGUGAUGGUGAACGUAAACGUAAAUCAGUUCGUGGAUGUAUUGUAGAUGCAAAUUUGUCUGUGCUUGCUCUUGUUAUUGUCAGGAAAGGCGAGAAGGAAAUCCCAGGUUUAACUGACAAACAUGUACCACGUCGAUUAGGACCUAAGAGAGCGAGCAAAAUUCGUAAACUCUUCAACUUGGCUAAACGUGACGAUGUACGUCAGUUCGUUGUAAAACGGCCUAUUCAAAAGGAAGGCAAAAAGGACCGCUUCAAGGCUCCUAAGAUUCAACGUCUUAUCACCCCGCUUACUCUACAGCGUAAACGACAUAGACUAGCUCUGAAGAAGAGGCGAUGCUUAGCUCGCAAGCAGCAAGCAGCUGAAUACGCGAAAUUGUUAGCACAAAGACAAAAGGAAGCGAAAAACAGACGUCAGGAAGAAUUAAAGCGAAGACGCAGCGCUUCUAUGCGAGAAUCUAAAUCAUCCAAUCAGUCGGCACCUACUACGCAGAAGUAAAACGACCGCAGUGUUGUAUUUACAAUUUAAUAAAAAUACUUUCACUUAUUCAAA